AUGGUGGACGGUUGGUCCAUGAGGGUCCAUCCUAUGCAGACGACACAGCUGCCGUCCCGCCACCAGCCUAGGGGACAAGACGAGGAAUGGUACAACAUGGGUCUCCUAUGCUCUGGGGCUCAGAGUGUGACCGAGUCAAGAGUCUUCCUUACCAGCACCUUUCGCUACGGGCCUUUCCGUGAUGCACCAGUAACAGCCGCCACGAACGCCUGGUCAGCAGGCAAAGGAAGCCGCAUCCAGCCCAGUGGAAUCAACAGCUGUCCAUUCCAAGUAUAUGUUGUUAAAGAAGUAGUGGCGCAGUUCAUCGCGGACUUUCUCAGUUGCUGGACAACCUGCUUCACUGGCAGGACCUGUUGGGCUCGGAGUUGCUGCUCGCCAUCCUAUAAGUGCAAGGUGCGCCCCGCUGGCCCGAGCGCCACCGCGGCGCUUAUCUACGUCCGCCGGCGCGGCGUCCUCUGCCUGGCCGGGCUUCACUUGUUUCCUCGCGUCUCAGCCACCCAGAAUCACGAGCGCCAGCUCAGUGCUACGUACACCGGUCGCAGGCGCGCGCUCACGUACUACCUAGCAGGCACACACACUGCGCUCGCUCAGCAGACGGCUUGCAGGUUAACCCGAAGACUGCACCUGAGCGAUGGUAUUCACUGCUACUGUGUCCACAAGACGCACCCAGAUCUCGUAGAACCGGCUGUCAGUCCGAACAUUGAGAUGCAGCUGGCAGUGGUGAGGGCGGUGCUGUUAGUGGCGCUGGUGCUGGUGGGUGGUGGCGGGUGCUCGCAGCACUCGCGGCCGCCGUCGUGCUCUGCGCAGCUGGGUUCGCUGCACAGCGUGGUGGCGUGGUGCGCGGUGCGCUACCGCCGCGGCGUCGACGACGUGCUGGGGGCGGUGCGGCGCUGCGCGGACGCGCGCGACGUCCUCGUCAAGCGCCUGCCGGACUCGUCUCGGAGCGCCGCGGCGCCGCUGCUGCCGGGCGAGCUGCUGGUGGGCGUGUCGCGCGUGCUGCACGGGCGGGGCCGCGAGGAGCGCUCCAGCUGGCGCCACUGCCGCGUCGCCAGUCCGCUGGGGCGCUUCUCGUUCGGCACGGCGUGCCUCGGCCGCUGGGAGGAGCGGCCCAGCCGCUGCCACCAGUCCUUCGUGUGGCUGGCCGCGGACCUGGCCGACGACCAGCCAACGGGUGUCUGCGUCUGGGACGCGAUGCGGAGCACCGGCGUGGGGGGCCUCGGGCCUGACGCCGACAGCAGCAGCAGCAGCAGCGACAGCGACAGCGGGAGUGACAGUGACAGUGACAGCGACAGCGACAGCGAUAGCGACAGCAGCAGUAGCGGCAGCAGGGAUCUGUCUAUCGAAGACGAUUCCGAGUCUGUUUACACUUGCAGUACCGAUCCUAAUGGCGGGUACGACAGUGACUCACGGUACGAGUUCGUGAUGAUGACGAGUCCCAAGCCGAAACUGUACAUCAAGAAGAAAUGCGGCCAGGAGCGAGCCGACAUUCGAGACUUUGUGGGGAUCGACAUGAUGUUCAUCAAGCAAGUGAAGAUGAGAGCGAUCAACUGGUUCAACUGCUCGCUGUGGAACACAAUCAGUGACCAGAUGGUGUAUCGAGACUCUUACGGCGACAUCAAUGACUACAGCUCGGUUGCGGAAGAGUCACAAGAUAGAGUGGAAUGUGAAGUGACAUCUGCGGAGGAGAAGGACAACGGCAAGCCGGAGCCGCAGAAGCUGUCCGUGUUGUCAGGAGCGCUGGCCAUCCUUAACCCGGAGCGUCCGGACCUGGCCCGCACCACCCCGGGGGAGGUGAUGUCGAGCCUGGAGACGGUGCUGGCGUGCGCCGACCGCCUGCCCGCCGACCGGGUCGUGAGGGCGCUGGUCGCGCUCGAGCUGUACGCGUGGCAGGUGAAGCUGCCGCCCAACCAGACCCUCCGGCUCACCGACAGCCGCGCCUCGGUGUCCGUCGCCGCCGGCGUCAGGGCCGUACUCUUCAACGUCGCCAAGCAGAUCGAGAUCGUGCCAGCCGAGGAGUCGGGACUGAACGCUGUAGCGAUGGCUGACAACGAGGCUGUGGAGGCGGCGGUGGUGCUGCCCCCGGGGGUGGCGGCUGGGGGCAAGCGUGUUGCCACAGCGUUGAUCCAGGAGAGUGCCGUCCACGUGGUCUUCCUCCAGCCGGGUCUCCAGCUCAACACCAACGUACUCAGCGUCCAGGCGGUGCUGAACGGCUCUGGAGAGGUGGACAUCGUGCUGAAGAAUAGCAACGUGGCCAUCCGCAGGCGGCGCUGCGGCUACUGGAACCUCAACACCUCCACCUGGGACUUCGACAACUGCAGGCUCAUCUCCAGGGGGAAGGUGAGCGACGUGUGCCGCUGCCGGCACCUGACGCACUUUGCUCAGCUGGUGACGGACGCGGACGUGGCGUGGCUGGGGCACGAGGGCACGCUGACGGCGCUGUCGGUGGCGGGCGUGUCGCUGUCGCUUCUGGGCGCUCUCGGCUUCGCGGGCACUGCGCUGGUGGCGGGCGAGUGGCGGCGGCGCGCCGGCUCGCGCGCGCUGCUGCAGCUCGUGCUGGCCACGGCGCUGCGCGACGCCUGCUUCGCCGCUGCCGCCUCCGGCCUCGGCUCCGGCGCCGCCCCAGGCGCAGAGCCGUACGCGCAGUCCGAGCCGGGGGCGCUCUGCGUCGUCGUGGGCGUCGCGCUGCACUAUAGCAUGCUGGCCGCCGCCUACUGGGCCACCGCCGCCGCGGCGCUGCAGGUCCUCCGUUUCGCGACUAUCGCCGGCGCCCAGGCUUACCCUCACACAGUGCUGGUCUGCGCACUGAUGGCAUGGCUGAUGCCACUGGUGCCGGUGCUGGGGGCACUGGCAGCACUUGGGCCGGAGGGAUACCAGUUGCGUGAGGACUCUGCAGCUGGAGCGCUCUGCUUCCCUCAGGGCGCCGCCUUCUAUACGGCCGUUCUGGUGCCCUCCACGCUCUGCUGCCUCGCCAGCGCCACAGCCUUCUUCUGGCUGCUUUUCGUCGUUCUCUUCCCCUUCGGGCGGGCAAAAUCCGUUGCUGCUGCCUCCAGACACGGGCCGUCGAUGCUGCGGCGCCGGCUGAUGACGGCGGUGAUGCUGUUCUUCCUGCUGGGCGUGCCGUGGGCGCUCGGACCUCCCGCUAGGACCUUGUGGCUCGCCUACCUCUUCUGCAUCACAGCCACGCCGCACGGGCUGGUGUUGUUCCUGUUCUUCGUGCUCGGGGAACCACAGCUGCGCGCCAAGUGGUGGGCCACCUUCCAGUCGUGGCUACCUGCAGACACUUGCUACCUUGACAAGGUGGCGGCCAGGAGCUCGCAGGGCCGGUCCUCGUCCACCACCACCACCACCACCACCACCGCUACAGCAGCUGUGGCCCCACCAGUCAAGGAGCAUGCCGCUGUGUCCGCCUCGGCCAGCUUCUCCAGUGAGGGGGCCAACAGCUCUGUCUCCAUCAGCAGAUACUGAACGCCGUCCACAGCAACAACUAGCACUGCCGUGUGUCACGCGUGCUCAAGCGUCAGACUUCAGACAAGAGAAAGAAAUAGUUCUCCAAGUGAGCAGAAUGCACCAUGUCCUCGUUCAUUACCUACACUAUUUAAAACUAUGAGAGAUUCAAAGCCAUUUGUUUCUUUUGCAGUGGAUCGAAACUUAUUACAGAUCAACGGUCAAAUGUAUGGAAUGUGACUUACAACUAUAUCAACAAGUAUUAACAUAUGACAGUAGAUGUAUAUCAAAGACUUACGCAAGAAUUUAAAGCAGACAAACUGGAGAUGAGGUAUCUCACAACUGAUUGACAGCCAUCUCAUCUACUUUUUGCAGAUUAGAUUCCUUACAUUUCUAGAAAUACUGAGUAAAAUUAUGAGUUUGUGAACAUUGAUUCUCUUGUCCCCGCUUUACGUGUCCACAAAUAUAAAAGUGUAGAGGAAUCGGUCAGUCCAGUUUUUCGUAAUAUGGCAACGAUCUUCGUUGUUGCCUAAUCAUUUUCAUGUGGCUCAUAGUCACAUGUUCAUGGAGGGACAGUGAAAUGAAAAUUUUUGAAAUUUUAUUUACUGUACACAUCUAGAUAAAAACAACAUUUACUGUAGGUAGAAAUCCCACCAAAAAGGAAUAACAGUAUGUGCAUAUAAGGGGCAGUUAAAUGAAAAUGCCACAGAUGGAAGAAAGUAAGUAAAGUGUUUAUUGUUUAAAAAGUAAUCGCCGUAGCUGUUAAUACAUUUAUCCGACUGUAAGCCAAAACGGGCAGUGCCUUUAUAGAAAAAUGUAUGCGGUUUCGUACAGAAUCAUGAAUGUAUCCAGGUGUGCGUCUCUUUGUCUGGAAUAAAUGGACGACCACAAAUUUCCUCCUUCAGGGCUCCAAAAAUAUGGAAAUCUGGAGAGAUAUCGGGACUGUAUGGAGGAUGUGUAAGGGCUUUCCAGCGAAACAUCUGCAGCAUAGUCGAAACAACCUUGGCAACAUGUGGGCGGGUAAUACCCUGCAACAGAAUGAUGCCGUCCAUCAACCUGCUACUCAUUGACUUUCUGGGACACAGUGCGCAACGCACAGCAGUACACGCACACUCUCCUCCUGUCAUUUCCCUAUUUUUGGAGCCUUGAAGUAAGAUAUUCAUGGCCGUCGAUUUCCUCCACAUGAAGAGAUGCACGCUCAGGUACAAUCAUUGUUCUGUAGGCAGCCACAAACAUCUUUCUAUGAUGGCAUUGACAAUUUCAAAGUGGAUAGAUACGUUAACAGUUAUGCCGAUUACUUCUGAAAUAAAAUAAAUGAUUUACAUACUUUUUUCAUCUUCUCGUUUCCUUUUGACUGGCCCUUAUAAAUACUAUGCUUUUCUACAGGACGAAGAAGAUAAUUUUCGGAAAUGAUUACAUGUGCUAAAUAUCUUUUAUAAAAGUAAUAGUGUUCAGAUAUCCAGGACAAAAACAGUAGUUAUGGCAAGACAAUGAAAAUUGGUAGUUAGAGGCAAUAAUUGACGGUGAACCAGUAGGACAAGUAUCAAGUUUUAUCUGCGUCGGUUGUGAUUCAUAUCUCAAGAAUGACGACGAAGUGAAGAAAAAGCUUCAUCGAUCUCACUAUGUGUGAGGAACAAUUCGGCCAGCAUCGAAGCGUAAGAUAACAGAUUCAACUUAAAUUCUGGAAGGUUAUAGCUGUGCCAAGAUUGAUAUAUAGAACCGAAAAAUAAGUGAAUAAAACAAAUUAUCGGAACAAAAUGCAAUCGUCUGAAAUAUAGUUCCUCAGGUCAGUGGAAGGGUACUCCCUAAAGGACAAAAAUCCCAGUGAAAGAAUACCUCACAACUUAAACACAGUGUAGUUGAGUGGCAACCACAUUUUUAGAAUGGAGGUCAAUAGAAUUCUGAAGCUUGUCCUUAGAUAUCCUUCUACCAGAAGAAGAGGCGUUGGUCGACACGUGAAGAGAGGGCAGGCAGCAGCCGAAUCCUGGAAGAGGAUGUCAGAACUUCUCUAUAAGGCAAAACUACUCCAGUGCAAUAAAUGGGCUCACUUGCUUCUGAUUUACAUCAGUUGAAUUCCAAUUCUUACUGAGAGAAGACAAAUCAUUAUUGUAGUGUCCAACAAUUCAUCUGACUUCAUCAAAUGAGAGUGGCAAAAGUUGGUUACA